UGCUGGUCCUGAGAGGGUUGGGUCACGUGCCAAGAUACGCCAGCAGUACCUCUGUUGGGUUACCGGCAAGUGACCGGUCACUGGUUGUCCCGCCGUCUCUCCGUGACUCCCCUUUAUGGACGUAUAAAAGGGAAAGGAAGAUGUCCACACCGUUGAGUGUACCGGGAAGAUGCUCGCGCUCAGUUUUCUGUUGUUGCUGACGGUAGUCGGUGAAGCUGCGACUGACCUUUAUGUGACAGAAGCAUCGCUUCAACAUGAGCUCGGGCUCAGUGCGUCGCCGCCGUUGCCUUCCCCGACUGCCUCCCGUUUUAAACCCGAGGAGUACGGUUCGCCCGGGAUUGCCUUGGCGAGGACUGCUGAAGAACCGUCCUCAACGACGGAAGACGGAGACUCAUCGCAUCAUCACGGAGGCGGUUAUAAAAUAGUGCAGUGGGAAUGGAGCUACGUUCAGACACCUUUCAUCAUCGCUAUCUGGCUCCUGGUGGCCAGUGUGGCGAAAAUCCUGUUCCACUUCUCCCAGCGCUUCACCACCGUGGUCCCAGAGAGCUGCAUGCUCAUCCUGCUGGGCCUGGUCCUGGGCGGCAUCGUCCUCAUCGCCAGCAAGAGGUCCCUGUACCAGCUGGACCCAGGCCUGUUCUUCCUCUUCCUGCUGCCCACCAUCGUGGGCGACGCGGGGUACUUCAUGCCCUCCAGGCUCUUCUUCGACAACCUAGGGGCCAUCUUGUUGUACGCGGUGGUGGGGACCCUGUGGAACGCCUUCUGCACCGGGUUCUGCCUCUACGGGAUGAAGAUGCUCGGGGUCAUAGAUGAGAAGGUUGAGGGCGGGCUGAUGGAGUUCCUGCUGUUCGGGGCUCUGAUCUCGGCCGUGGACCCCGUGGCUGUGCUGGCCGUCUUCGAGGAGGUCCACGUCAAUGAGACGCUCUUCAUCAUCGUCUUCGGCGAGUCUCUGCUCAAUGACGCGGUCACCGUGGUUUUGUACAAGGUGUACAUUUCCUUCGUGGAGGUGGGGCCAGGGAACGUCAUGACGUCGGACUACUUCAAAGGAGUGGCUUCCUUCCUCAUUGUCAGUAUCGGGGGCACCCUGGUGGGCCUGAUCUUCGCUGUCAUCCUGGCCUUCAUCACGCGCUUCACCAAGAAGGUGCGCAUCAUCGAGCCCCUCUUCGUCUUCCUCCUGGUCUACCUGGCAUACCUGACCGCCGAGCUCUUCUCCCUGUCCGCCAUCUUAUCAAUGACCUUCUGUGGCAUCGGAGCCAACAAGUACGUGGAGGCCAACAUAUCCCAGAAAUCCCGCACCACGGUCAAGUACACCAUGAAGACGCUGGCCAGCAUCGCCGAGACCAUCAUCUUCAUCUUCCUGGGCAUCUCCGCGGUGGACAAGUCCAAGUGGGCCUGGGACACUGGCCUGGUGUCCUGCACCCUUAUCUUCAUCCUCGUCUUCAGGGCCAUGGGUGUUGUCAUGCAGACCUGGGUGCUCAACUGGUUCCGCCUCGUCCCAUUGGACAAGAUCGACCAAGUGGUGAUGUCGUACGGUGGCCUGCGAGGGGCAGUGGCCUUUGCACUGGUGGUGCUGCUGGAUGCAGAGCAUGUCAAGGCCAAGGACUACUUCGUUGCCACUACAAUAGUGGUGGUGUUUUUCACUGUCAUGUUCCAGGGUCUGACCAUCAAGCCUCUGGUGAACUGGCUCAAAGUCCCUCGUGCCACCAACCGCAAACCCACCAUCAACGAGGAGAUCCAUGAGAGGGCUUUUGACCACAUCCUGACUGCAGUGGAGGAUAUCGCCGGCCUGCAGGGAUACCACCACUGGAGGGACAAAUGGGAGCAGUUUGAUAAGAACUACCUGAGCAAGCUUCUGCUACGCAAGUCUGUGUACCGCAAGAGUGAACUGUGGGAGGCCUACCAGAAGAUCAAUAUCAGAGACGCCAUCAGUGUCAUAGACCAGGGUGGCAAUGUGCUGACCUCCGCCAGGCUUUCUCUGCCCUCCAUGGCCAGUAGGACAUCCUUCCCAGAAGUCACCAAUGUCACCAACUACCUAAGGGAGAAUGGCAGCGGUGUGUGUCUGGACCUCCAGGUGAUUGACAACGUUCCCGGUGCCAAAGUAGAGGAGGAGUCAGAGACGCAUCACUUCCUGGCUGGGAACCUCUACAAGCCCAGGAGAAGGCACCAGUCCCACUACAGCCGACACUUCAUGACGCUGGGCGAUAAGGAGCGUCAGGACAGAGAGAUCUUCCAGAGGAACAUGAAGAGCCGAAUGGAGACGUUCAAGACGACUCGACACAAACGCCACAAGAAGGACCGUAGCCAGAAGAAGCGGAGAGGGUCAGACGUGAAAGGGGAGGACAUGAACGACAAACCUCGACGGAACGUCAGCUGGCAGGACAAAGACCCAGUGGUGGUGCCGGUGGACUCAGAGGAAGAGAAGGGAACCCACUCGGAACCAGAGAAGGAGGAGGACGAGGGGAUCACCUUCGUGGCUCGCAAAGCUGCAGAGACACCCAAAGAACGGCCUAAAUCAGUUCCAUCUUCCCUAGAGGCGUGUCAGAGCCCCUCGGUGGCCACACCCCCCUCCCCUACCUGUGGGGAGGAGCACCUGCCCUGGAAGGGGGGCGUGGGCACCCUGCCUGUCUGCGUGUCCAUGGAGGCCACCAAGAUCAUCCCCAUAGACCUGCAGCAGGCCUGGAACCAGAGCAUCUCCUCCCUAGAGAGCCUGGCCUCCCCUCCGGCCCCAGCCGAACCCAUCCACCCCAGAGUCAGUGCCCUGUCCAGGCUGGGAGCCCAGCGGCCAGCCUCCUACACGGGGCCGCUGGGGUCUGGAGGGUCUGUGGGUGGAUCUGUCGGGGCCAAUGUGGUCCAGGGCUCCGCUUGCUUCCAAUUCCCGGAGAAAGAUGAUGAGGAGGGGGCCCUCUCCGAGGAGCAGCAGGAGAUUCAACCUCUCAUGUCGGCCACCCUGAGGCCCCCCGGACCCCCUGGGGCCCCCCCGCCUCCAAUGUCCCAGGGCUCAGGGAAGAGGAGGAACCCCUGUGUGUAUCUGAGGAGUCUGGUCACAGUGCCACCUCCUGGUAGCGAACCACAUAGCAGGGGCCCAACUCAGUUGUAAUAACGACCCCUGGCCACAUUCAACAAGUUUCUAAUCCAGUUUCCCAUAAGGACAGGCCUAUGUUCAGUCUUUUUAAGACAUUUUAAUUGUAUCUCUGCGAGGGCACAAGGUAGAAGUGAGCCUAGAUCAAUCUUCAAGCCCUUCCACUGUCUCCUACACUAACCCCCCUCCCCCUCCCCCGCCCCCCACACACACACUCUAAACAUAUAAACACACAAAUUCACAUGCAUGAAUGUACACACACACACACACGGACAAUCACUCACACACACACACACACACACACACACAGCCGUCCAGCUCAGACCAUCCAGCCCAGCUGCUCUGUUUCCAGUCAGCUCAGAUGAAGAGUGGCAACUCUCCUCCGCUAGUCCUGCUUUGGUCUGCAGGACAACACAGAGCCGCUGGACACACAGGCUGACCCUAUAAAUAAAUAAAUACAGAAUGUCAGGCCAACACAGUACAUGAUGGGACAGAGGGGUUGAUGUGGCAGUUGGUUCAGUCACAAACAAUGCAUAUCAGUGAAUGUGGGAGGAGGGAGUUUUUCCACAUUUUAUAUUUCCCCCGCUGUCUUCAAUGCUCUGUUUUAUACAGUUGAAUGUAAGUUAAUGUCAAAAUGUAAGCCUAUUGAAAAUAUCUGUCUAGACCGCAUUACCCAGGCCUUGUGGGGUGUGUCCAUCAUGCUUCACGGACUCUAUUCAAUUGCCCUGCACACAUGCACACACACAUGCGCACACACAUGCGCACACACAUGCGCACACACAUGCACACACACAUGCGCACACA